AUGAAUUCUUUACCGCCGUUCGCUCCUUUCGGCUCCGCCGGCGAAUCCUGGGAAGGAUUCAUGGAGCGGUUUGAAACUUAUCUAAUUGCUACCAAAAACCAGGCUCAAACCGAUGAGGAGAAAUGCAGUUUCUUUUUAUCAUGCUGCGAACCCUCUAUGUUCGCCUCAGCCAGAGCUAUGGCUGCUCCCAGACCGGCUUAUAAAUUAGGUUGGGACAACUUGAUGGCUAAAUUGAAGGGGCACUAUGCCCCGACACCUUCCAAAAUUGCCCGCAGUUUUGCGUUCCGAAGAAGAGUACAAAAGCCGGGAGAGUCGAUCAGUCAGUUUUUAGAAGCCCUGCGCACGGUGGCGUCCCAGUGCGAUUUCUCAAAUCUCGAAGAAAAUUUAGUCGAGCAAUUUGUGUGCGGAGUGCGGGAUGUACAUCUAAGAAGCCGCAUGUUCCGCCAUCACGAUAUUACUCUACUCCAAGCGGUGGAGAUCGCCAGAGCAGCUGAGCUCUCUGAGCAAUCCACCGCAGAUUUGGAGAGGCUACAACUGUCAUCCCAAGAUCCAGGGCACGUUCCGUUCACUCCACCGGCCUCCCAAGUCCAUGACAUUGACUAUGAUGACCUUACGCCAUCCGAGGACCUGGAGCCCGACAACGUUGGCCAAGUCCGUACCCAACCUAGGCGAAGACAACCAGCUCCUUCAGCGGCCGCACCGCAUAAUCCCAAGGCAUCUUGCCUUAGUUGCGGAGGCCGCCACGACCGCCAGACCUGUCAAUUCAGGAACGCAAUCUGCCGCCGUUGUCAGAGACAGGGGCACAUUGCCCAAGUCUGCCGAGCAUCCUUGCCAGCUCCUGCCUUCUUCCAGGCAAACGAGAGACCGAAGCCGCAGCCGCGCCGCCAGCCACCGAAGCCAUCUCGCAGAGGGGACGACUGCCACAAUGUGUCCGAACCGCAGGAAGUGGAGAGUUCAAUUAACCAGGCCUCCUCAGGAUCCCGCAAAAUUACAGCCAAUGUCCACCUGGCAGGUCAGCCAUGCCAAAUGGAGGUGGACUCCGGCUCCUCCCGUUCGUUGUUGUCAUGGGACAUGUUCUCCCGCCUCUGCCCUGCAGUUCCCCAAACAAAGUUAGCCCCAUCCCGCGUGCUCUUAAGGGACUACCAGGGAAAAUUGAUUCCUGUCCUGGGAUCUUUUCCUAUUCCUGUCAAGUAUGGCAAUUUUAGUGGGAAGCUGCCAAUCAUCAUUGUGAAGAAUGCCCUGCCGGCCCUUCUCGGCCUUGACUGGUUCCCAGCAUUGGGGUUGUCCAUUGGGGGGGUGCACCGAAUAAAUUCCCCUUCGAUUGAGGACAUCCUACAGGAGUUCUCUGAUGUUUUUGAUGGUCAGCUCGGGUGCUACAAGGGAACCCCCAUCUCCCUUAGUUUGGAUCCUCAGAUUGCUCCCAUUAGGCUGAAAGCCCGCAGGGUGCCCUUUGCCUUAAGGGCCAAGGUUGACGCCGAACUUGACAAAUUAUUGGCGCAGGGUGUCAUCGAGCCAGUUGAUCAUGCUCCAUGGGAGACACCCAUAGUCCUCCCGGUCAAACCGGAUGGCUCGGUGAGAAUCUGCGCCGACUACAAGUCGACGAUCAACUUGGCCCUUCAGGCAAACCCCUAUCCAGUCCCUGUUGUGCAACACCUGCUCCACUCCUUGGGGCAGGGUUGCAUAUUUGCCAAACUGGAUAUGGCGCAGGGCUAUCAACAGCUCCCGGUUUUAAGAAUUGUCCGGAGAACAUCUCACAUAGUUGGUCAUGUACAUGCAGAAAUAUUGAAAAGGGUUCACAAACGUUUAAGCUCCACUAUAAAUUUGAGACAUUUCAGCAUCAUUGUUAUGCUGUUAUCCAACUUGAUAGUUUUUUCAUAAACUUGAAGUUUAUUUAUUUUGAAAAAGUUGAGACAUUCAGGAAAUGUUUUUGUGGUCAACUUAGCUAUCGCUGAUCUGAUUGUAGCUAUCUACCCAUAUCCUAUGAUCUUGACAUCUGUCUUUCAUAAUGGCUGGAACCUUGGAUAUAUACACUGCCAACUCAGUGGAUUUCUUAUGGGCCUGAGUGUGAUUGGAUCUAUUUUCAACAUUACUGGCAUUGCUAUUAAUCGAUAUUGCUACAUCUGCCACAGCCUCAAGUACAACAAGUUGUACAGUGAAAAGAAUUCUGUUUGCUGUGUCAUUCUAAUCUGGACUUUGACUUUUGUUGCCAUUGUGCCAAACUUUUUUGUUGGAUCCCUUCAGUAUGAUGCUAGGAUUUAUUCAUGUACUUUCUCUCAGUCAGUGAGUUCCACAUACACUAUAGCAGUGGUCUUUUUUCAUUUCUUGCUUCCAAUAACCAUAGUAACAUUUUGUUACCUGAGAAUAUGGAUCCUCGUUAUCCAGGUACGGCGAAGAGUUAAACCUGACUACAAACCUAAACUAAAGUCAUAUGAUUUCAGAAACUUUAUCACCAUGUUUGUAGUCUUUGUACUGUUUGCAGUCUGCUGGGCUCCAUUGAAUCUCAUCGGCCUUGCAGUGGCUGUCAGUCCAGAAAUGAUAAUUUCCAAGAUCCCAGAAUGGCUGUUUGUUUCCAGCUACUACAUGGCGUACUUCAAUAGUUGCCUUAAUGCUAUCAUUUAUGGACUUCUAAAUCAGAACUUCCGUCGAGAAUAUAAACGAAUACUUAGGACAAUUUGUACAAGAAAAGUUUUCUUCCAGGACAGUUCUAAUGAUGCUCCAGAAAGGAUAAAAAGCAAGCCCUCACCCUUGCUCACACAAAACAAUUUAGUGAGAGUUGGCUCAGUAUGAAGGGAGAGCUCUAGUUACUAACAAUUACUAAAUAUUAUGUUACAUGACACCCAAGUAUUAAAUCCAUGUACUAGCCCCGUUCUUCAACUUCUGUUACAUGGAAACUUACAUGUAUAUAUUCCAUGUAACUUCUGUUACAUGGAAACUUACAUGUAUAUAUUGUAUGGAUUUAGAUAAGAUUAUACUGUAUGUAUAACAUUUUGGAACCAAGCUAAUAAUUACAUGUUCUAUUACAACAUUAUGUAUUAUGUUACACACAGCAGGCAUGAUUUCAACAAAGAUACUUGAAAACCAUUGACAAUAGUUAAGAAAAUAUGCCAGUUACACUUGACAUUGAUUAGAUAAUUUCUAGUAAUUCAAUGACAACACAAAUGUACCUUGCACUCCUACACAAGUCUUCUCUAAUGUAAGAUCACUGAAUUCAUAAAGGCUUAUAGUUGGGUACAUGAAGGUAUAGAAUUGUAGUUUGGGUUAUUAACAGAAUUAUAAAAUAAGUCCCUGUAAAUUACUUGUGUAGUUUAGAUUAGCCCCCCCAAAAUGGAUUAAUACUAAUCAGCUCAUUACUCUGAUUUCCUAUGCUUAUCACAGCCUCUUCCAAUAUUUAGCAGCCUUUUCCAUUGCUUGCUAUCCCUAGAAGAGAUUCUGUCAGUACACACAGUUUCUCCAUGGAUAUCUCUGUAUGGAGAAUGAACAUGUAGAGGAAGUUUACAAAAUUGAGAUUGUGAGAUUUAGUUGCUUCUUUGCCUCAGCCAAAAGAACAUUAUAAUUAUAUUGCUCCAAAUCUAUUUCUGUCGCCAAUAAUUUUGGAGGCACGUCGUAGGACCAGAAAAGCUUUUGAUAUGAAGCCUCCUUUGAUCUGCCUAAAACAAACUACAAGAUUGUUUCCCUUUUUGCUUUUUUGGACAUCAGACCUGGAUGAGGUCUUGAAAGUGCAAGGAAGAUUUCCCCCUUCCCCUUUAUGUUCUGAAAGGGGAGGGUAUCCUCAAGCAGGGUAUCCUUAAUUUAAUGUUGCAAUAAUAUGUCCCUUUUAUUCUGGAUAAUAAAAUAUUUUAUUAAAAUUGUGGAAAUAAAAUAAAAUAUUGGCACAUUAAAAAAUGAAGCAUUAUUCCUUAAUUUAUAUUUUGAUAGAAUUUUGUUAAAAUUAACAGCACAUAAUGAUUUGGUGCUUUAAGAUUAAUUCACUUGCAUUAAUUAUAAAGUUACCUGAUGCAUUUUAAGUUUAUUAGUGGUUAACAAACUUUAACUAUGGCAGUAAUUUUAGUGACUUUCAUAUACUGAUUUAUAUAAUACGAUUUUUAGUUAUCUGGCUUUUUUUAGAAAAAAAACUUUAAAUGUAUGGAUGUAAUUAAUGAAAUAGGAUCUUCUAAAAUGAGUUUAUAAUUAAUUAUAGCUCUUAGCACUUUAAAAAUAGAAGAUAAUCAUUUUUCAAGAAGAAAUUCUGUUUUAAUAGAAUCAAUUUUAGUAAAAUUAUAAUUCCCAUUACAUUGUAAAUUUAUUAAUUGUUCCCUUUGAAGUAUAAAAAAUAUAAAAUAUAAUAAUCCAAUAAUUCAUUAUAAAUGUCUAUAUUAAUAAGAAAUAAUUUUUCUAAUAAAUAAUUUUUGAAAUAAGAAUAUGAACUAAUUUUAAUGGGCAGACAUAAUUUUUAUAUAAUAUUCUUGAAAAUUAUCUUAGUAAUACCUGGUUUUUCACAAUCAUGUGAACAUUUUUGGAUUAGCGGUAGCCAAGAAUACAUGCUUUUAGAUAUUAGAAACCGAUAAGAUAAAAGCAGUUGUUAACACAAUAAUUUAUUUUCCCUAAAUAACCCUUGAAUAAAAGUGGAUUGAAAUAAUAAGUUAUAUAUUAUCCCAUUAUAAAGUCUACAUAAAUAUGUCCAUGAACACUCAAUACUCCAUAAAUACUCCAUAUUCUUCAUGAAUACUUUACUUGAGGAAAGUAAACUAUAGGCAAAAAAGUUGUUAUAUGAGCUUUUUAUGCACAUCUGAUUAACCUGCAGAACAUUGGAAUAAAUGAGCAUGUUAUCAGAUUUAGCAACUCUCUCUUUAUAUUCCUGAUUCAAUAAUUCACGAUUCUAACUUUAUUCUAUCCUGAUGAAUUUUAAAUCUGACCAUUUCAGGGUCUGCCAUAAAGAAGAGGAAGUCAAGCUAGUCUCCAAAGUACCUGAGGGUAGGAUAAGAAGCAAUGGGUG